UUGGUGAUUCCCCCGCAUCUGGCGCCUGCCCGCUGCUGACCUACUUCUCGGGACGGCCGCCAGAGCGCGCUGCUGGUGGGGUGUGGUUGCGCGUUUGUUUGUGGUUGUGAAUCAUUCGGCAGGUAUCUCCGUUGGGAGCGUUUUGCUGUGUGUCAGGUUUUCUCCAAACAAACCAAAGAUGUCGUCCAGGAAGGCUGCAGGCCGCCGUGCCACCACCAAGAAGCGCGCUCAGCGUGCGACAUCAAAUGUCUUCGCCAUGUUUGAUCAGGCACAAAUCCAGGAGUUCAAGGAAGCUUUCAAUAUGAUUGAUCAAAACAGGGACGGAUUUGUCGAUAAGGAAGAUCUUCACGACAUGCUGGCCUCUCUUGGUAAAAAUCCCACUGAUGAGUACCUGGAAGGUAUGAUGAAUGAGGCUCCUGGACCAAUCAACUUCACCAUGUUCCUGACCCUCUUCGGAGAGCGUCUCCAAGGCACUGACCCAGAAGACGUCAUCAAGAAUGCUUUUGGCUGCUUUGAUGAGGAAAACCAGGGUGUUAUCCAUGAAGAGCGACUUCGUGAGCUCCUCAUCAGCAUGGGUGAUCGUUUUUCAGACGAAGAUGUGGAUGAAAUGUACCGUGAAGCACCUAUCAAGAAUGGAAUGUUUGAUUACAUUGAAUUCACUAGGAUUCUCAAACAUGGAGCUAAGGACAAGGAUGAGCAGUAAUAUUCUUUUUCUAUCUUUCGUCAUGU